AUGAAUAAAUUUCUUGGAGAGAAAAAUCUUAUGAAUGCAACUACCUCUGUUUAUAAUUUUUGGUUAUAUGAACUUUGUGACAUAUAUAUUGAAUUAAUUAAGCCAAUGACUGAUGUUGAUACAUCUAUUCCAAAAAAUGCAGAGCUUAAAAGAUCUGCACAAGAUACAUUAUAUACAUGUUUAGAAGCUGGACUUAAAUUGCUUCAUCCAUUUAUGCCAUUUGUGACUGAAGAGUUAUAUCAACGAUUACCUAGAAGGCCUGGUGAUGAUACUUUAACAAUAGUCAGAGCCAAAUAUCCACUUGAGGUCCCAGAAUACAGCAAUCCAAAAGCUGAAGAACAAUUUGAUCUUGUGUUCACUGUUGUUAAGGUAGCUCGUUCACUUAUUGUUCAGCACAAUAUUCAAUCUGAUGCUACUUUUUUUAUACAAACAGCAUCUGAACCAAUUACAUCAUUACUGAAUUCAGAAGAUAAAAGUAUUAAAACAUUGGUAAAAAACACUAAAUCCAUUCAGGUGAUUGGAAAAGAUGGAGCUUUGCCAUCUGAAUAUGCAUCAAGUAUUGUAAAUGAAGAGAUAAGUGUAUUGUUACUUUUGGAUAAG